AGGGGAAUUCUCUGACAAAACAAAAGGGAGGGUCGGAGAGCCAAUGAGGAGGACUGGGGAGCCCUGAGGCCUGCGGUCCUGCUGACCAUGCUGACCAUGCUGACCAUGCUGACCAUGCUGACCUCCGCAUCUUCCCUCCCUGUUCCCACGGUGCUCUGGGCCCUCCUGGUCAUGCAGGCCUCCCUGAGCGCUCAGACGGGGGCCUUGGACCACAACCCCAGCCCCAAGGGCACGGUCUCUAGGUUCAGAAAGACGCACACAGCCUGGGACCGCCCCACCUGCACCAAGGUGAUCUCCGUGACCGUGGGGGAGCGUGCCGUGAUGUCCUGCAACAUCUCCAACCCCUUAAAAAAUGUCACCAUCUACCUGAGGCACUCCGCCACAAACAGCUGGCUGCCCAUCUUCGUGGAGAAGACCCCAGGAUGCUUUUGCCGGGAUGGGUGGCAGCUCUGGGUUGAAGAACACAUGGCACAGCUGGUGAUAGAGAAAGCCCAAGACACCCAGGCUGGCGAGUACAAGUGGACAAUCGUGGGAUUCCAGUCCUACAAUAAGGUCACUACCCUGGAGGUUCAAGAGCACCCAGAGCUGCGCUCAGCACAUCCCUGGGGCAGCAGCUUUACCCCUACCGGAGGUACAGGUAAGGAGUCCCCUCGGCCCCCGGCAGGCUCCUCUGCACCCCAAACUACCCCCUGCACACUCUCCAGCCCCGGGUCCCCGCCCCCGGGUGCUGUCCCCCUCCGGGUGUGCUCAAGGUGGGGGAGUGAAGGGUGA